UUCUUUCGCAGUGACUGGCAAAUGCGGCUUUAAAACUGACGUCAACAAAUUGUUUGCUUUCUUUGUUUUUUACUUAAAUAGUUCAUAUAUACGCUAUACACAAUGUUUACACUGUGGACACUGAUUGAAGCCUCGCUGCUCUGCUUAAAUGCCGUGUGCAUCCUACAUGAAGAACGUUUCUUGGCCAAAUUUGGUUGGGGCAGACAAGCGGGUCAACAAGACUUUGGAGCUCCCAGUGCAAAAGAUCAGCUGCUGAACCUAAUUCGCUCUAUUCGCACAGUUGCCAAGAUUCCGCUGAUAUUUCUUAAUAUAGUUGCGAUUAUAUUUAAAUUGUUACUCGGGUAAAACUUACAAGCUAUUCUUUAAUUAAUAAAUGUCAUUGUCGAUUAA